CCAAUGAGAAUGUAGCCAGGGGUGUUCCCCGUCUGGCGUCCGGGCUGCGGGUCGUCUCCGGCGGGCCUCGGGCCGGUCGACUUUGAGGACGUGAGUCACAGUUUGGAUGUGAAACCGCUGUGGCAGCCCAACUUCGAGAAGCUGUUGACACAGUUGGAAUGGUUCCAGUAACCUACCUUGCAAAACGCUUCGUGUUCACAGAGUUUCCUUUGUGAAAACCACAAGCAAAGUGUCAGAGUUUUCCAUUCAGAUCAAGAACUUCAAAUUCCUAGCAUGGAAAAUUCAGAGAAGACAGAAGUGGUUCUCCUUGCUUGUGGUUCCUUUAAUCCUAUCACCAACAUGCACCUCCGGCUAUUUGAGCUGGCCAAAGACUACAUGAAUGAAACAGGAAAAUACAGAGUUAUCAAAGGCAUAAUCUCUCCUGUUGGCGAUGCAUAUAAGAAGAAAGGACUCAUCUCUGCCCACCACCGAGUUAUCAUGGCAGAACUCGCCACCAAGAAUUCAGAAUGGGUGGAAGUUGAUACCUGGGAAAGUCUUCAGAAGGAAUGGGUAGAGACUGCUAAGGUGCUAAGACACCAUCAGGAGAAACUGGAGGCUGGGAGCUGUGAUCACCAGCAGGAUUCACCAAUGCCGGGAAAGCCCGGACAGAAAAGGAAGUGGGUGGAACAAAGACAAGAUUUUAGUCAAAAGAAAUUGCUAGAGCCAAAACCAAAAGAUGUGCCAAAGGUAAAACUGCUGUGUGGGGCAGAUUUAUUGGAGUCCUUUGCUGUUCCCAAUCUGUGGAAGAGUGAGGAUAUCACCCAAAUUGUGGAAGACUAUGGGCUCAUAUGUAUUACUCGGGCUGGAAAUGAUGCCCAGAAAUUCAUCUAUGAAUCUGAUGCACUGUGGAAACACCGGAACAACAUUCACCUGGUAAACGAGUGGAUCACCAAUGACAUCUCAUCCACAAAGAUCCGGCGAGCCCUCAGAAGGGGCCAGAGCAUUCGCUACUUGGUACCAGACCUUGUCCAAGAAUAUAUCGAAAAGCAUGAUUUAUAUAGCUGUGAGAGUGAGGAGAAGAAUGUCGGGGUCAUCCUGGCUCCUUUGCAGAGCUUAAUAAACCAAAGAUGAACAGAGAUCCUACAAACAUGGGAAAUGCCGCACUGGAUGAGCUCAGCAGUCCCUCCUGCUCAGAAUUCUGGGCACUGACAAAUGGCUGGUUGGAAGAACGCUCCAUGAUCUCGGUCUAAAACUCUCUUGAGUUUCUGAAGAGCCUUGCUGCUUCUGUUCCAGCCCUCUGUGAAUCUGCCAUUUGUGAAUUUAAGCAGAAAAAGGGUCUACGUUCUUACUCUUUUCCCCAUGUCCUUUUAUAUGCACUUUAACCAAAGUAAAACUCCCAAAUAAUAAUUGAGGUCAUAGCUUUUUUUUAUGUUACAAGCACAAGCUUGUGAUACAGUUGGAUGCUGAUUAAAAUUUUGUGAAGGUUUUACCAACUGGUAAAGCAGUAAGACUAGAAAUAGCUUUUUAUAAAGUAGUUUUAUGAUUCAGGAAAAUAAUCCUGUGAUAGAAACAGGACUAAAGUUAAAUUUCUCAUGACAGUACGAUAAUUUACUUUUUUGCAAUUUAUAUUUCAUACUUACACCUAGAUAAAGGGCUUAUGACUCUGUGGAAGGAAAAAAUACUUAAAACUAUGCAGUUGUUCAGUCAAAUCUGAAUACACAGCCUGCAAAGGGACAAUGUGAAGGCCAGCCCACGUAUCUUCUGCAGCUACUGACUUUCUUACUGAAGCCAGCAGGCCGACCUGACGAAGACCAGGAGGGGUGAAGAGGCUGCCACCAGCGGGCUUCAGUCUCUGCUGACGGAGUGACAGGUUAGAGUCUCGGAUCGCAGAGAUGAGGGUCAUUUCUCCCCCUCCUUAGCUUUUUGGAGUUGAGAGUUGAAGCGGUCCUGAAAAAGAACCAUCUAGAAGCAGAUGAAGCUACUGAAGUGUGUAACUUUGAUUUCUGCUCCUGGAAGACUGCACUUAGCUCAUCUGGUGUGUGUACGGACUGCAGAAUGCUAGAAAUGCUAGAAAUUUCUGUUACUUUGUAGAAACUUCUCUUAUACCAUGGUGCCUUCCUACUUAGAAGUGCCCAGCCAUGCUCAGCUGUGAGUAUAUUGACCUCAGGACCCACUGGGUAAAGCAUUUGAGGACCUCCCAGGAGACUUGGUAAUAGUGAAAUGAUCCUGUUGUUUCGCUAUUUAUGGAUCAAUACCUUUGUACAGGGAACAAGCUGCUUUUAGCUUUGUCCUAGUACCAAGGAUGCUGCUAAUGCCACAGCAUAAUGACAUAGUUUUGGGUGACCCCAAGGGCAGAAUUUCCUGUUUUGAAAUGGAAAUUAGAACAAUGAACUUCACAGGGGAAUAAAUAUUAAUAAUUGUGACUUCCAUUGAGGAAGAGGAAAAUACGCCACUAUUUCCUAUUAUGGCUUUUUCAUAAUCUGCUUUUGUAAUGUGAAUUUUGAGUUUAGCAAAUGUGUCAAGCUGGUGUUUUGUGUGUUUGAUGCUGGUGUUUUUUAUGUGUUGUACUCCUUUACCCCUUACAUCGUGUAAUUUGAGUGCAGCAAAUGAACAAAAGUCUUUUACUGGCAGCUUAAUUCGGUUGAAUGUACAACAUCUGGAGAAUUUUUUGUUGUUUACCUGUUUAGGGGACAAGUGUGAACAGUAAACCAUUUAGAUAAAGAGGAAAGGGUUCUCCUUGAUGAUCAGGGUAGAGAUUGAGUCAGAGGCAUGAUUUAGGCCCAUCUUGCAUCAAAGGAUGCUCUUUCUUUUUCUGUCAUCUUGAGGGUCUCCCCACAGGGUGGAGGGAAGCCGUCGGGGUCAGCAUGCCUGGCGGCAGGGGGGCUACUUUUCUUACCCCAAACUCUGAUUCACUUCUGUCAGCCCAGAAGUCACCAUAUCGUGAAAUGGGCUCCUUUAGCAUUGACUUCUGGGUGCCACAGGACGUCCCUUCCACUGCCAUCCUCAUACCCGUUCCCACAGGCCUCAUGAUCUAGAACAUUCAUCACAACGUCCACCCACCUGUGAGGCUGUACGGUGUCCAUCUCUGAAAUCUGUACCUAGCUUAGCAGUGGUGCUGUUUGAACUUCAGAAUGCCAACACUUACUGAGCACCUACGGUGUGCUGGGCGGGUGUGAGUCGGAAAGAAACAAGGCACAGUUAGGUGAUUGGUAUAAAUGACACACCCGAGGCUCGAAUGAGCAGUUUGUCUUCAGAGCCUGGGCUCUUAACCUCUUUAUGCCUCAUGUAACAUAUUACUCUUCAAGGAAUGAAGUUGUAGCCAAAUCUUGGCGUUUUCAUCCACCCCAAGUGGACGAGUACAAAUAAGCACACUUGCAACAUAUGGUAGUCUGACGGGGACAUGUGAUGUGUUCUGAACGCACAGAAGGACCCAGUGGAGCCUGCCCGGUGUUAGCAGUUCCUUGGAAUAAGGGCAGUGAAUGCCCAGAGCGGGGAGUGGUAGGAGCCAUGGUUCACUCUUCAUCAGCAGAAGCAGGAAGAACGGCACCCAGACGCCCAGGCCAGUACCGCAGUGCCACCGGGCAGCACUGUUCCCUGCAAGACAGAGCAGAAGCAGCUUCUGCCCCAGACGCGGGUUGCCAGCGCCAGGCGUGCCAGCCAGCUGACUGCGGGGGGAGGGUGGGGGGCGGUCACUGACUCCCAGAGUCUCCUUCUGUAGAAUAAUGCAGUGAUCUCUGGGGUCCCUCCAGCUGUGAAAUGAGAUCAGCCCGAUGGAGAGUUGGCACCUGUCCCUUCUCCUCCGUGUGACCAGGAAGCAUUUCUUGGAACACUAUUAUUAUGUGAAGUGCCAACGGGGAGCACACGAGUACAAGUCGGUCUCUGCCGCCAGGUCGCCUACAGUUAGGUGGCGAGAAAAACAAAGACUACAUCUGGAGCAUCAGCAAGGGGCUCUCCGGUAUCACUGCUGAGGGUUUCCUAAACGUGAGCGCCCUGGGGCCCUGCCGGCCAGGAAAUCAGGGUGGAGGGCCCUCCAGGGGGAGCUCCUUACACUGGGAAUGAUUUGUCAUUUGUCCGAAGGCCAAGGAGUCCUAUUUCUGUUCUGUUUGGGGGGCUUUUGUUUUUCUAAUGCGGGCAACCUUACGCAGGAGGAACAACCUACAAGGAGAUACUGAGAAGGCGCGCCAUGCCACUGUAUGUUACCUCAGUUGUAUGAAAGGCUCGCAGGAGGGUCUGAGGAGCCGAGGACAGUCAAGGAAGAAAGGAGGUAUUUUUUUUUUUAAAUCGUUUGCCCUAUUCGGUCCUCCCCAAGGUCUCAAGAACAAACCGCUGCAAGGGAAAUCAGAAUAAGUGAGAGCCCCAGAUCUGGACGGCCUCAUUGGAUCUUUCUCUCUGCGGCACAACACAGAAGAGCAAGGCUGAGGGCCCCGGUGGGCUGUGUUUGGCCCAGCUCCGGGAAGCAAAGUCCCGGCUACCUUCUUCAAGGUACAUUCUUGGCAUCCAAAGUUUCUCUGGAUUAAUAGGCUUUAAAAUAGUGCAGCUAGAAGUAUCACUCCCAGACCUGAGCUUCCGGCCACAUUGUUCUCGUUGAAAUAGUAGUACUCAGGGCGCCUGGGGGGCUCAGUCGGUUAAGUGUCCGCCUUCGGUUCAGGUCAUGAUCCUGGAGUCCCGGGAUGGAGUCCCGCAUCGGGCUCCCUGCUCCGCGGGGAGCCUGCU